GGAAGUAAAAUUCUACUUAAGGAGCCAUGCAGCACAUGUGGCCUCGGGAGACUUCACAGUGGAGUAGCACAGGAGAACCUUGCAUGAGCUACAUGGUGUCUUAAGAUCGAUCUAAGGUAAGACAAUAUCAGUUUUUAGUCAUAACCGUCUCAUGAAGCAGUCCAUUACGAUGAGAGGAUGGGUGAGGUCGACACGUCACCGCAAUGAAUCAAGUGGGUUGAGCAGCUUUAAGGCGCAGCGCCUUGUUGGCCCUCACAUCCAAUCAGGGCUGAGAUUGAAUUUGUGGAGGGGCGGAUGACUCCCCACUUUGUGUGAGUGUGUGUUUGCAUGUGUGUAUGUGUGUGAUUGCGUGCGCGCACGCGUGUGUUUGUAUGUGUGUGUGCGUGGGUGCCUGGUCAUAAAGGGCGGAGCUCCUCUCCCGCGUUUGACAGCUGAGAAGCAGAAAAUGUAUAGCGCAUUGAGGGAAGGUCUUGGAAGCAACGCUGCUCCAAGGCUACCGUCCCACCGCCAGGAACGGGAUGCAGCAUCAUGCCACCUUUAUAGACUGAGGAUGCCCUCGUUAAUCUGAGCCAACUGGACAACACAAAUUAAAGGGAAUAACAAGACUUUGUUGUGCAGAUAAUCCCUGGGAUUUGUGUGGCGGGGGCAUGCACCGUGCGUUCUCCUUCCCGGUGACGGUGGAGCGCAGUCGUACCAAGGAGCGCCUUGAGGCGAGCCUGGCCGGGCUGUGCGAGCUGGAGCUCCGCAAGCAGAGGCAGGAGUGCCUGGUGCUGGGGGCGCUGGCUGUGGGGCAGCCGCCGGCCCGGGACAGCUCCGUAGGCGAGCUGGCGUGCUUCAGCAGCUGGGGGCAGGAGAACUUGACACUGAGGCGUCAGCUGAGUGCUCUCCAGAGUUCUCCAUGGGGCCUGAUGCAGGCGCUGGAGCAGCAGGUGGGAGAGCUGAGGAUCGACACAGACGACGGCUGUUCCGAUGGCGCUCAAGGAGACGCAGGCGAAAGCCGGCCAAGUUCUGGUUUUUAUGAGUCCAGUGAGGGUCAGUCACCUAAAGGAAGAUCUUGUUCCACUGAGUCCACAGAAAAUGGGUCCUCCUGGGUUUACACCAACGACAGGCCAAAGUCUGUUGGAGACCCGUUUAUGUUGAAUGGAGAAGCGGAUGUGCCGUUUCUGCGCACCACCCUGCACCGUUCUUUCUCUGCCCCUUACCCACCUCUGGAGGGCAUCGCUGAGGAGGGCACAGCAGUGGACCCCUGGCAAGUGGACCCCAUACGAGCCAGCCAAGCGUGGCAGCAGCAGUCUAUGGAUGAUGAGGUCACUGAGGAAGAUUACCAGCUGGCUUUGAGGGUCGAAAAUUACAUCCUAGGUCUCAUUCAUCGUCACACCCUCUCACCACGACCAUGUCAGCCACGCACCACACUCAGCCCUGACCCCCCAUUCUGCAGUGCUUCUGCCCACAGCUCCCUACACAGAAGGACUCCCUCUCUUACGACAGAGCAUCGCUUUCCUGACCCCAAUCUACAGCAACAUGUUGACCUUUUGUCAACCCCUAAGAGGCAGAGCUGGGGUUGUGACCAGCUAGAGGGGGAGGCCUGUGGAGGAGAGGCCCUGUCUUUGGAGGAGGGCCAUUAUUUGGCUCUGCCCUACCCCCAGUCCAGGCCACAAUCCCUGGCUGGGAGGCUUCCAUCACCUCUGCCCUCACUGGACCCCAACUGUGAUGUUGUGACUCUUGACCUUUGUUGUGAACCCUCAUCCCCCCAGCAUUAUCUACAUCCACAAGCCCCUAUUCAUCACAUGCACAAUUUAGUAAAUGCCCAGUAUAUCCCCGGACAAGCCUGCCAUGCUCCUGUUCGUUCCCCCAGACACUACAUCCCAGAGCAGUCUAUAACCAACCGAGCAGCCUCCUCUCCCGACCACCCCAACCCCAAGUUGAGACCAGUAAGGAAGAGCCACAACGAGCGACAGAGAUCCAAGAAGUCGAGCAGCAAAACCAACCGAUCUCAGUCAGAAAACAGCCUACUGAGCCAGCAAGGGCUGCCUGAGCGCAGGUACAGCACCACUGAGAGGCACCAGGGUAGAGUGGAUGUUGCUCAGAACCAAGGCCAGGUUGUAGGACCACAGGUCGGCAUCGGGGGUCAACGCUGGUGCUCCAACCUGGAGCUCAGCCAGGAUGAGGGGGAGACCCGUGCAGCGCAGUCACAGAGACGACAACCUCGUAAAACUCGGUAUGGUCACCCAUGUCCCAAUUCCCAGCCCGAGAACUACCUUCAACAGCAGCCCCAACGCAACGAGCGUUGGCACCAGGACCGUCAGGAGAGAGCACCUCUCUGUCGGGGGGAGGAGGGCAACACUGGUGCUGCCCCUGCAGAGUCCGAGUCAAGCAUGACUGAGGUAUAUUCCCCGGCCUCCAGCUCUCUUUCCAGUGACUCCGACGAGAGUGGGGGGCUGGUGUGGCCCCAGCAGCUGCCACCUCGCCUUGCUUCUACCUCCUCUUCAUCCUCGCCUUCACCACAGGUCGCUGCCAACACCCCCUCUCAACCAAAAGCCUUUGUCAAGAUCAAAGCGUCUCACGCUCUGAAGAAGAAGAUCCUCCGAUUCCGCUCAGGGUCCCUCAAAGUCAUGACGACGGUGUAAGGACCGGCUUUUUCUACUGUGUUGUAAAGACAAUGUCAGAGAAACAUUGUGGUUGCUACUUUUGGUCUCCUGACGUUAUAAGAAGAGGCUGUAUGCAAGAACACAAAUGUCUGAGUCAGCUGCUCUGGACAUUCUCACGAGUUUCUCCUGCCAGUCCCUUAAGUAAAAUGUCCAAAUGAACCCAUGUGAGAAUACAGCAGGAUAAUGUCCGAAGAAUUCAAAGCGAGCAAGUGAUGUUGUUUUUAACACUUUGUUCCCUGAUUGGUUCAUAUACUGAUCUCUCACAAUCCAUCUUUGAUCCAUCAUUUCCUGCCUCCUGUUACUCUGCCCAGACCCCACCCUCGCCUGAAUCAUCUGGACAUUUUCCUGUUGUGAACGUGUCUGACUCGAACAAUCUCUUGUUGCGUUCUUCAUAUGUGAAAGGCAAAGUAUGGAAAAAGUCGGUUUUUAGGGCAUUUUCUCGAGAUUGUCCGAAAACACCUCAUGUGAACUUUACUUCUAACUACCUCUUAUUACAGUAUGUACUUAGUGAGAGACACAGACACGGUAAAAGACCUGCAGUGUCUGUGGUGGUUGAACUCAUCUUGUACAUGACAACCAUGAGAAUAAUGGGAAUUAUCCCGCUCUAUUUGAUGAUAACUGAAGUGAUGCCAAGCUGCUCUGAAGGUAAGUGACUGAAAAUGCUGCCAGUUUUUUUAUUUCUUAAUAUCGUUUGGCCUUAUCUUAGAUGUAUGGUUGAUUAAUUCCUUAAGUGUGGAGUUGGUCAAUCACAGGUCUAAACAAUGGAUGUUAUUUCAGUGCAACCAAUGUAUUGUUCAAAGUGUCAAGUUCUGCUCAACACCAAACCUGUAUAGAUGAGAUAAAAAUGUUUUACAUCUUUUGCUAAUAAAUUUGGGAGAGUUUUCAGUUGCAAAUUCUUAAUUUUCUCAGAUCAGAACCACAUUAUAUUAUUAUAUUCAGGAAACUUCUCAGCGAAGAUCUAAAAAUGAUUAGGAGACAUUAUUAUUAAGAAAAAUCUCGAAACAUUUAAUGUCUGCUAAGACUAUUUUACAGUAGUGAUUAGUCCUUUUCUCAGCCAGUAUUUAAGAGGAAAAUCUCUAAUUUGUGCAAAAGUUGUUGUUUACAUUUGGUUUACUUAUGAUUAAAAAAUAGAUCAUAGCAUCCCUGUGAAUGUCUGAGAAGGGAAAACAUGCAUAUCACUCUGAAAUGAGGAUAUCUCUCCUGCAGUCAGCGGCUUUCAGGGCUAAUGGGCUAAAAUAAACGUACGUGUGAGUCAAAUGAGGAUCCUUAUAAAGGGAUCAGUGUACAUGCAUGCAUCCAUAUAUUUAUAUAUAUGUUUAUAAGUGCACAAAUUCAUUGACACAGGGGCACAGAUGAACUCACUUUUGAAAAUAUGUAUGAUUUUGUAUAUACCAUCAUGUGGCCUUGUUUGGAAUGAAUGUAGUUUUAAAUAAAGGUA